ACAUUCAAACCCCCAUCUAACCUAUGCAAAUGCAAUAAAAAAUCUUAAAAUAUUAGAAUAAGAAUCCAUAUAUUUUUCUGUGUAUAUUGGGAAGCUUAGGUAAUAGCCUCUAACGGCUACCUUGUACAGCUGCUCUUAUAUAAUCUCAUGAAUACAAUGAUACUGAUCAUCGAUUGAGAUUAUACCUAACCUAAUAUGGUAUCAGAACCUUUGCUCUAAUCUCUUAAAAAAAAAAAAUCUCAGCCACCUCUCACCUCUCGCCUCUCGUACGUCUUUCUUCUUCUUCUCUUUGCUCUCCUUCUUUUCUUCUUUUCUUCUUUUCUUCUCUGUUUCUUUCUUCCUCUGCUCACAUCCAUCUAUGGCUACCACUACACCAACAACAGCCAAUACGGCUCCACCGGCUGCGAGUCUCACUCAGAUCCGUGCCCACAUCCCCAUCAUUCUUGACAUGAACAAGAUGAACUACGAUUCAUGGCGCAUCCUCUUUGAAACUCACUGUCUCAGUUUCUCUCUCACCGGUCAUCUCGACGGCUCCUCUCUUCCCACCGGACCGACAGACACAAUCUGGAAACAACUCAACAACACAGUCAAGAUGUGGAUCUACGGUACUAUUUCUGAAUCUCUUUUGACUUCUGUUCUGAAAACAGAGUGUUCUGUUCGCGACGUCUGGCUCAUGCUCGAGAACUUGUUUCGGGACAACAAAGAGGCUCGUGCAAUCCAGUUGGAAAACGAACUCCGCAACUUCACGAUCGGUGAUCUGGCUGUCCACGACUAUUGUCAAAAACUGAAGUCCAUCUCGGAUACGCUCGCCAAUGUUAACUCUCCUAUCACCGAUCGCGCUUUAGUUAUACAUCUCCUCAACGGACUUAGUUCCAAAUUUGAUAACAUCAUCAAUGUUAUCAAGCAUCGCUCACCACCCUGUUCAUUUGGAGAGGCCCGAUCCAUGCUCAUCAAUGAAGAAGACCGACUCAAGACCAAACGCCAAACCCUUCCAAACAACGACGACAAUGCUUCGUCCCCUCAAGUUCUUCUUGUUUCCUCUCAACAACAAUAUGAACCUCCUCGCUCUACACCCUCAAACCAGCAAUUUCAAUACAAUCGUGGUGGAGGUCGUGGAAACAAAGGAAGUAGGGGCAGAGGUCGUGGAAACAAAGGUCGUGGCGGCAACCCUAACUACAAUGGUGGCAACUGGGGCUCUGGAAAUCAGUCUUGGUCCUGGCCCAAUCAGUCUCAGUGGCCCACUCCUCCUCAAUGGCCCAUUUAUCCAAAAUGGCCUACUAUACCAAAUUUCCCCAGUCCACCACUGCCUCAACAUCAUUACGGUCAGCCUCCUCAACAUCCUCGUUUCUACUCCGGUUCCAAACCACCACAAAUGUCACCACAACCAACACAAGGGAUCCUUGGUCAUGCGCCUCCUCCAACGGGUUCUGCAUAUAUCACAACCACUCAUCCUACAACCGCUCCUCUAACAAACACAUAAUUUAUUCCCACCACUCUCGCCAAUGCUUUCAACACCAUGACCUUCCCGGAUCCUAACGACGCUAGCUGGUAUAUGGACACCGGAGCCACCGCUCAUCUCACAGCUCAACCAGAUACACUCUCCUCCUUAUCUUCGUCUUCUAAUCCCCUUCUUCCUUUCGUAACUGUUGGAUCUUCAUACCUGAGUGCCUCUCAUCUGAUGUGAUAGCCAAGGCCCUCUAUACUCAGUCUCCUCACCCUCUCAUGAAGUCUUUAUCACCUCUGCUUCUGCUUCCACUUGGCACCGCCGCUUAGGCCAUCCUGGCAAUUCUGUUUUUCGCAAUUUAAUCUCUUCUGGUUUAUUUGAUUGUUCAAACAAUGAUAUUUCUUCUUUAUGUCAUGCUUGCCAGCUUGGUAAACAUAUUCGAACCAUUUUAUUCUUCUACUACUACAGUUUCUUCUCCAUUUGAAAUAAUUCAUUUUGAUAUCUGGA